AUGACCUACAUUGAAGUACAACAUGUCUGCAUUGUAAACAGUACUGCAAAUAUGUCUCUAGAAUACAAGACUAUCACAUAAUAUUCUGCAAUCAACGGUAGCCAGCGUAAGGUCAACACAGGUAAGAGAGAGAGACGUUGACAACUAUCUGACAUUGCCUGACAGAGACAACGUUGAAAAAAUGAUGAUGAUGAUGAUGAUGAAGAAGAAGAUGCGGACUGCUGCACGAUUCAGGUCUCAGUUGUGGAGACUGAAGAUGCCUAGCCUCUGUCACAGAAGCUUUGCUGCCAUCUCCACUUACAAAGCUGUCAUUUUUGACAUGUAUGGAGUUCUCAUUCCGUCACCUGUCAAAUUGGCAACAGUGUUUGAACGACAGAACGGUGUUCCUCUGGGCACGCUGGGCAAGGCCAUCAGGACAGGUGGGGAGGUGAACGCGUGGAAGAGGUUCAUGCGUGGAGAGAUUGGGGCUGAGGAGUUUGUGGAGGCCUUCAGCAGGCAGUGCAGUGAGAUAGCAGGAUGUCCUGUUCCCAUUGGCUCAUUCUUGUCUGAUCUGACCAGUGGGCCAAUGACCAGGCCUCUACCCUUCAUGAUGGAGGCCAUUUUGUGUGCUCGCUCCAGGGGCCUGAAGACUGCUGUCCUCAGCAACAACUUCCUCCAGCUGAACGGUGACCCCUUCCUGCCUCUGGACCACUCUCUCUUCGAUGUGAUAGUUGAGUCGUGUAGGGAGGGCCUCAGUAAGCCAGACCCUAGUAUCUACCACCUGUGCCUGAACAGACUGGGUGUCUCUGCCCAUGAGGCUGUGUUUCUGGAUGACCUGGAGUUAAACGUUAAGGCAGCUGCCCAGCUAGGGAUACAUGCUAUCAAGGUAGGGGACCUUGCAGUGUCAGUGAAGGAGCUGGAAGGGGUGCUGGGGAUCCCCCUGUCAGGGUUUGUUCCUGGGCCUGGCUCUGCCCCUUGGGACACAAAGCUCCCUAUGGACCAACUCACACAGUACCUGAGGAAGACUCUCCAUCUGUCUGACAAAGACCCUGUUGCUGUCCAACAACUCAGCCCCAGUCAGUCAAACGCCUUAUAUCACUUGACCACUGGAGGGCGCCAUCUCCUCCUGAGGAAACAGCAGAAGACCUCCCGUGCCAUGGAUACAGAGUACAGGUUGUUGAAAUCUCUCAGUGGAUCAGGCAUCCCUGUUCCAGAGAUCAUUGAUCUGUGUGAGGACACAAGUGUCCUGGGUGCUCCCUUCCUCUUGAUGGAGGUCUGUCUAGGUAGGAUGUUCAGUGACCCCUCCCUGCCAGGCCUGACCCCUGGGGACAGGAGGGCCUUGUACCAAGCCAUGCAACACACACUCUGCCAGAUCCACUGUCUAGAUACUAGAGCAGUCGGCCUGGAGGACUACGACGAGCCAGUGGAUUACAUGAGGCUUCAGGUACAGUGGUGGACUCAGCAGUACAGGGACAGUGAGACUCUGCCCAUCCCAGCCAUGGAGAGACUCAUACAGUGGCUUCCUCUGCACCUCCCCAAACACCAGAGAACUACGCUGAUCCAUGGAAGCUUCAGACUGGAGAACCUUGUGUUCCACCCAGAGAAGCCAGAGGUGGUUGCGAUGAUGGACUGGGGCCGUUCCAGACUGGGUGACCCUCUAACAGACCUGACCUUCAGCUGUAUGGCUCACUACCUGCCCCAGGACAACCCUCUACUGACAGGUACCGUUAUACCACCUAACCGUACUACUGCACCCUACCAGGCCCACAGAUAUAAAACUCAAAUGGGCACUGUGAACAAGCAACUGUGA